AUGGAUGUUGAUAAUUUGAAGGACACUCAAACUGGUCACUUGGAGGUAUCUCCUAAGUCCAUAGUGGCGGACACUGGAUUUGAAGGACUCACAGCUGAAGAGACUAAGCAAUUAGAGAAGAAAUUGGUUAGGAAGAUUGACUUGCACCUCAUUUCAUCCUUAUGUCUGCUUUUCAUCUUCAACAUCUUAGAUCGGUCCAAUAUUGCAAAUGCCAGGCUAGGUGGUAUGCAAAAGGAUCUAGGUCUCAGUGACACCCAGUAUCAAACUGCCGUUGCCAUAAUGUUUGUUGGUUAUCUGCUCGGGCAGGUCCCAAGUAACAUUAUCCUCACGCGAAUCAAGCCGUCACGAUAUAUCCCCACGGCGAUCUUUAUAUGGGGCGGUAUAUCCAUGUCCGCGGCAGCCACACAGAAUUUCACUGGAAUCAUAGUGGUUCGUGUUUUGCUGGGGUUUGCGGAAUCUCCCUUUUUCCCUGGUGCUCUUCUUUUGGUGAGCUCUUGGUAUAAGCCGCAGGAGAUUGCACCUCGCGUUGCGGUGAUGUAUUGUGGUAAUACCAUUGCAAAUGGCUUUGGUGGAAUGAUUGCUGCUGGUAUUCUCAGUGGCUUAGAUGGUGCGUCAGGUUUAGCAGGAUGGAGAUGGUUAUUUAUUAUUGAGGGAGCAGGAACAAUGGUCGCAGGCAUUCUAGCUGUCCGACUUCUUCCGGAUUUCCCUCGAUCUGGUCAGCGAAAAUGGCUCUCUGAACAGGAACAGCGAUUUGCGGAGUGGCGGCUGGCUCAGGCAGCGAACGAUGAGAUCGAUGAAAAUGGUCCGAUCAAAGAGGCUCUUGUUGAUGCGAUUACUGAUCCGAAGGCAUGGAUGCUUAUUGCCAUUCAGAUCUGUCAGCUUACAUCUCAAACAUGGACCUACUUCUUCCCGUCUAUCGUGAAAACCCUUGGCUUCAGCAAUAUCGUCACUCUUUUGAUCACGGCGCCCGUGUACGUCUUCGGCUUCUGUACCUCGCUGGGCAAUUCAUUCAUUGCUCAACAUACGAAUAAGCGCGCCGUCUUGAUUAUCUGGCCUUUGAUCAUUGACAUUGUUGGAAACAUCAUGGUUAUCUCGACAACCGCUACUGCGCCUCGGUACGUGGGUAUGUUUUUGAUGUGCGCUGGCUCAUACUCGGCCUUCAAUGUUGUGCAGGCAUGGAUUGCGAGUACGGUACCGCGUACCCGAACAAAGCGAGCUAUCGUCUACGCUUUGGUUAAUCUUUUCGGCAACUCGUCGAAUAUCUACGGCUCUUACUUUUUCCCUACCUCAACUGCGCCUCAGUAUCGCAUGGGUGGAAUUAUCCUGUCAUCUUUUGCUGCAGGCGGUGUUAUCCUUGCAGCUGUUCUGGGUUUAUGGCUGAGAAAGUUGAACCAGAAGGCAACUGAAGAGGGGGAUAUGGAUGGCCAGAUACGUUACAAAUAUUUGUGGUAG